UUGUCUGGUGGGUGUGAGCUGACAGUGGUAAUCCACGACUUCACCGCCUGCAACAGCAAUGAGCUGACAAUCCGCCGUGGGCAGACAGUGGAGGUCCUGGAGAGACCCCACGACAAGCCCGACUGGUGUCUGGUUCGAACCACAGACCGGUCCCCAGCUGCAGAAGGCCUGGUCCCCUGCGGGUCCCUCUGCAUCGCUCACUCUCGCAGCAGUAUGGAGAUGGAGGGGAUUUUUAACCACAAAGACUCCCUUUCAGUCUCCAGCAAUGAUGCCAGUCCUCCUGCUUCAGUAACAUCACUUCAGCCCCACAUGAUCGGUGCACAGAGCUCCCCGGGCCCCAAGCGCCCUGGUAACACUUUGAGAAAAUGGCUUACCAGUCCUGUGAGGCGCCUCAGCAGCGGGAAGGCAGAUGGGCAUGUCAAAAAACUGGCACACAAGCAUAAGAAGAGCAGAGAGGUUCGUAAAAGUGCCGACGCGGGCUCUCAGAAGGACUCUGAUGAUAGUGCAGCAACCCCACAGGAUGAAACUGUCGAAGAGAGAGGUCGGAACGAGGGGCUGAGCAGUGGCACUCUCUCCAAGUCAUCCUCUUCAGGCAUGCAGAGCUGUGGAGAAGAGGAAGGUGAAGAGGGAGCAGAUGCUGUACCACUUCCUCCUCCUAUGGCGAUUCAGCAACACAGUCUUCUCCAGCCAGACUCCCAGGAUGACAAGACAUCUUCUCGGUUAUUGGUGCGGCCGACCAGCUCCGAGACACCCAGUGCUGCAGAACUAGUCAGUGCAAUUGAAGAGCUCGUCAAAAGUAAAAUGGCCCUGGAGGACCGUCCAAGUUCCUUGUUGGUAGAUCAGGGUGACAGCAGCAGUCCAUCCUUCAACCCUUCAGAUAACUCCCUUCUCUCCUCCUCAUCACCCAUAGAUGAGAUGGAAGAAAGGAAAUCCAGCUCCUUAAAAAGACGACACUAUGUCUUACAGGAAUUAGUGGAGACAGAGCGAGAUUAUGUACGAGAUCUGGGCUAUGUAGUUGAGGGUUAUAUGGCACUUAUGAAGGAAGAUGGUGUACCUGAUGACAUGAAAGGCAAAGACAAGAUUGUAUUUGGAAAUAUUCACCAGAUCUAUGACUGGCACAGAGACUUCUUUUUAGGAGAGUUGGAGAAGUGCCUUGAAGAUCCAGAAAAACUGGGAUCCCUGUUUGUUAAGCAUGAGAGGAGGUUGCACAUGUACAUAGUUUACUGCCAAAACAAACCAAAGUCUGAGCACAUUGUCUCAGAAUACAUUGAUACGUUUUUUGAGGAUCUUAAGCAACGCCUGGGCCACAGACUUCAGCUCACGGACUUGCUAAUAAAACCUGUGCAGAGAAUUAUGAAAUACCAGCUGUUACUAAAGGACUUCCUCAAAUAUUCUAAAAAAGCCAAUCUUGACACAACAGAACUAGAGAGGGCUGUAGAGGUCAUGUGUAUAGUACCAAAACGGUGUAAUGACAUGAUGAAUGUUGGCCGCCUGCAAGGAUUUGAUGGUAAAAUUGUAGCCCAGGGUAAGCUCCUGCUCCAAGACACAUUCUUGGUUACAGACCAGGACACGGGACUUCUGCCGCGUUGCAAGGAGAGACGGGUCUUCCUGUUUGAGCAGAUUGUCAUUUUCAGUGAGCUGCUAGAUAAAAAGAAAGGUUUCUCCAUGCCCGGAUUCUUGUUUAAAAACAGUAUCAAGGUGAGUUGCCUUUCCCUGGAGGAAAAUGUGGACAGCGAUCCAUGUAAAUUUGCACUAACAUCAAGAACGGGCGAUGUCACAGAGACCUUUAUUUUGCAUUCUGCUAGUCCAGGAGUCCGCCAGUUAUGGAUCCACGAAAUUAACCAAAUUUUGGAAAACCAGCGCAACUUUUUAAAUGCCUUGACGUCCCCCAUCGAGUACCAGAGGAACCACAGCGGCGGCGGAGGCGGCGGCGCCGGGAGCAGCAGCGGUAACAGCGGCGGCCAUUCCCCAGUCCUGGUCUCCUCUGCAGCCUCGGCCCAAGCAGAGGGGGACAAGAUGUCAGGUAUGUCCAUUCACAAUCUCUCCCUGCCACACUACAACACCUCCUUAGAAACUGGCCCGAGCCAGCCAGACAGGCACCCUCCCAGUGCAGAACCGGACGGUCCCCAGAGAGAAGCCGAGCAGAUUCCCAAGAUGAAAGUCAUGGAAAGUCCCAGGAAGACAGCGGGAAACGUUUCUGGCUCAGGUGAUGGAGCCCAGAAAGACUCGCGUGGGAGCUCAGAGGACAGUCGAUCAAGAAACAGCAUAGGAUCACUGAUGCUUGGGAAGCCAAGGCCAGGAGCCAUCUCACCAAUGAACUCUCCUCUCUCCACGACUUUCCCUUCUCCCUUUGGCAAAGAAACCUUUCCACCCAGCAGCCCCCUGCAGAAGGGCUCCUUUUGGAGCUCCAUCCCAGCAUCCCCUGCCAGCCGCCCUGGCUCCUUCACUUUCCCUGGGGACAGUGACUCCCUCCAGCGGCGGCCCAAGGACACAGACCGCAUGAGCACAUGCUCCUCGACCAGCGAGCAGUCAGUUCACUCCACCCAGAGUAACGGGAGUGAAAGUAGCAGCAGUAGCAAUAUCUCCACCAUGCUGGUGACACACGAUUACACGGCAGUGAAGGAGGAUGAGAUAAAUGUCUACCAAGGAGAGGUCGUGCAGAUUCUAGCCAGCAACCAACAGAACAUGUUUUUGGUGUUCAGAGCCGCCACUGAUCAGUGCCCCGCAGCCGAGGGCUGGAUUCCCGGCUAUGUCUUGGGGCAUACCAGUGCAGUCAUCAUUGACAACCCUGAUGGAACCAUCAAGAAGUCAACAUCUUGGCACACAGCACUCCGUUUAAGGAAGAAAUCUGAGAAAAAAGAUAAAGACGGCAAAAGGGAAGGCAAGCUAGAAAACGGUUACCGCAAAGCCCGAGAAGGACUUGCCAACAAGGUUUCUGUAAAGCUUCUCAACCCAAAUUACAUUUAUGAUGUUCCCCCCGAGUUUAUAAUACCAUUGAGUGAGGUAACAUGUGAGACAGGAGAGACCAUCGUGCUUAGGUGUAAAGUCUGUGGUCGCCCCAAGGCUUCAGUUACUUGGAAGGGUCCUGACCAUAACACACUGAGCAAUGACGGUCACCACAGCAUUUCAUACAGUGACUUAGGAGAGGCUUCACUGAAAAUCAUUGGUGUCACUGCAGAAGACGAUGGUAUCUACACUUGUAUAGCUGCAAACGAUAUGGGUUCGGUUUCAUCUUCUGCCAGUCUACGAGUUUUAGGUCCUGGAAAUGAUGGAAUCAUUGUAAUCUGGAAGGACAACUUUGAUUCCCUCUACAGUGAGGUGGCUGAGCUUGGCAGGGGCAGAUUUUCUGUCGUUAAGAAGUGUGACCAGAAGGGAACCAAGCGAGCAGUAGCCACUAAGUUUGUGAAUAAGAAGUUGAUGAAGCGAGACCAGGUUACCCAUGAACUUGGAGUCAUGCAGAAUCUCCAGCAUCCCCAGCUCAUUGGCCUUCUCGAUACCUUUGAGACCUCCACCAACUACAUACUCGUGUUAGAAAUGGCCGACCAGGGUUGCCUUCUAGACUAUGUCGUGCGAUGGGGAAACCUCACGGAAGGGAAGAUCAGACUUUACCUGGGAGAGAUUCUGGAAGCUGUGCAGUAUCUUCACAACUGCAGAAUAGCACAUUUGGACCUAAAGCCUGAAAAUAUUUUGGUGGACCAGAGUUCCACUAAGCCAACGAUAAAACUGGCUGACUUUGGAGACGCAGUCCAGCUCAAUACCACGUAUUAUAUCCAUCAGUUACUUGGAAACCCAGAGUUUGCAGCUCCUGAAAUUAUUCUUGGAAAUCCUGUUUCCCUCACUUCAGAUGUUUGGAGCAUUGGAGUGCUCACGUACGUCCUUCUUAGCGGUGUCUCUCCUUUCCUGGAUGAAAGCGUAGAGGAAACUUGCCUGAAUAUUUGCCGCUUAGACUUUAGUUUCCCAGAUGACUACUUCAAAGGAGUUAGCCAGAAGGCCAAAGAUUUUGUAUGCUUCCUACUUCAGGAUGACCCAGCUAAGCGUCCCUCGGCUGCACUGGCCCUCCAGGAGCAAUGGCUGCAUCUGGGGAACGGCAAAAGCGCUGACAGCAUUGACAUAUCCAGACUGACUUCGUUCAUUGAGCGGCGAAAACACCAGAAUGAUGUUCGACCCAUCCGUAGCAUUAAAAACUUCUUACAGAGCAGGCUCUUGCCAAGAGUUUGACCUUGCCUGAAGUUCUCUCUCAUUCUCUUUCACCUGCCAAUCAGACCGGAGAUGGACUCCCUCUGCCAAUCAAUCAGACUGGAGAUAGACUCCUGCCAACCAGCUGUUGACUUGAAUUUUGAGGAAAGCGAGC